UGUUGGCGAUGGCUGGACUGCUGACUUGCCCACGGAAAAGGCACAGCACAUGGAAAUCAGGUCAUUCUCUUGCGGAAAAAGAAAAGUCCUGUGCUGUAAGGAUCCACCCAGCCCCUUUGUUUGGAUCCAGGCUUCCUCUUUGCAUAGCUGAUGUGGGAGAGCCCGCCUGUGUGUGCUGCUCAGGCUUGGCGGGUGGUGCUGUUCACUUGGAUAGCGGUUUACCUGUGUAAAAAUGUGCAGGGUAAGGAGCCCGUAUGUUUACAUGAAGCUGGGUGGUUCUGGAAGCAUAACAUUUUGAUUAAAUUCAGGAUUGGUUUUUGCCAUGUACGCAUUCACAGAUAAUAUUAUGGCUUCAGAGGCUGGGUGGGGUGGCUCAUGCCUGUAAUCCCAGCACUUUGGGAGGCUGAGGCAGGCAGAUCACGAGGUCAGGAGAUCGAGACCAUCCUGGCUAACAUGGUGAAACCCCGUCUCUACUAAAAAUACAAAAACUUAGCUGGGCGUGGUGGCGGGCGCCUGUAGUCCCAGCUACUCGGGAGGCUGAGGCACGAGAAUGGCUUGAACCCGGGAGGUAGAGCUUGCAGUGAGCUGAGCUCACGCCACUGCACUCCAGCCUGGGGGACAGAGCGAGACUCCAUCUAAAAAAAAAAAUAUUAUGGCUUCAGACUCUGUCACUGUGCAAACUUUGGAGGUUGUUAGGAGGCCCCUGAGUUGGAUCCUGGAGGAGGAGGUCUGCUCCUGGCACAGAAGCUGUGUGCUGGGUCGAGCCCAGCCUCCAUCCCCUCACCCGUGCUGAUAAUAGGCACUUUUAUGUGGAAAAUCAGAGAAGUCAUUCUCUCAUCAGAACAGGAAACCAUUGCUACCUGCCUCUCUCUUGUAAUGAUUUCUUAUAUUGUGGAAAUUACUGAAGUAAUUCCCUGAGGCCCAGGUUAUGGGGCUCAGGGGAACUCCUCAUUUCCCACAUAAAAUUUGAAAUAUAAUUAAUCAUUUUCUUAAGAGAACCAGCCACAUAAUUACAUUCAUUAAUUAUUUGCCUUAAUUGUAGUUGUUCAUCAAAACAAGAAAUGUUUUAGAAUUGAAAGAAAGACACACACACACACGCACACAUGUACACACACACACAUGCUCAUAAUAAGCCCUUUAGAGUUGGGGAAGCUGAGGCCAGGAGAAGGCGCAGCCUCUCAGGGCAGGGCUGUGAUGGAAACUUCUAAAUACACAAUCUCUUGGCCAGGCACAUGUCUGUAAUCCCAGCACCUUGGGAGGCCAAAGCAGGCAGAUCACUUAAGCCCAGGAGUUGGAGACCAGCCUGAGCAACAUGGCAAAACCCCGUCUCUACAAAAAAUACAAAAAUUAGCAGGGCAUGGUGGUGCAUGCCUGUAGUCCCAGAGACUUGGAAGGCUGAGGUGGGAGGAUCACCUGAGCCUGGGGAGGUUGAUGCUGCAGUGAGCCAUGAUCGCACCACUGCACUCCAGCCUGGGCAACAGAGCAAGACCCUGUCUCAAAAACAAAACAAAAGAUCCUGAAGGCCGAUUUUCAAGCUGCAUUUAUUCCAGGUAAAGCUGACAUUUUCCAUAUUUUGCUGAGAACCUUCUCCCCUGGUAGCUCUGCCAAAGCCUGUAACAGUUCAAAAUGUUACUUCUUCUAUCAGGGAAGAAGGGACUUAUUAGUGAAGGUGGGGGGGGGGGGGUUCCUUCUUUCCAAGGGACUUUCUUACCUUCUUGAAAAGUCAAAAGGUUUGUGCUCCUCAGGCACCAGGGAUCCGGAGGCAGCCGAGUGAAAGGACGCCACUGCACCCAGGCACAAGAUGCGUAAAGCGUUAGUACAGGAGAGUAAACCCUUAUGCAGGCUGAAAAACACAGCAAAAUAGACGGUGCAGGUGGUUCCUGUCUGCCAAAAGGAGGUGUUGUUUUUGAUCCUGAUUUCACUCUCAUAAGCUGUAGAAUUCUGUAUCCUUAUAAAGAAAUGUAAUUUGAAAAGUGAGGAUAAGUAAAGCAGUCUGAUCUGGAGAAAACCCAUGUGUGUGUGUGUGUGUGUGUGUGUAUGUGUGUGUGUGUGUAUGUGUGUGUGUAUAUGUGUGUAUGUGUGUGUAUGUGAUAUGUGUGUGUGUGUAUGUGUGUGUAUAUGUGUGUGUAUGUGUGUGUAUAUGUGUGUGUGUGUGUGUAUGUGCGUGUGUGUGUGUGUAUGUGUGUGUGGGAGGAGGGGAUGGGUGUCAGUAGACUUUUCUUUUUGUGACAGUGGAGCAAGGGAAUUGCUUCAGAGCGAGCAGGGGCAGCUGCCGGAUUUAGAAGAUGUAUUUCGCGUGGACUUUGGGAGUUUAAAUUGCAUUCACAAUGCAUGUUUCACCACUUUGAGCCUUAAGUUUUGCUUUCCAUAGGUACAAUAGUUCCCUUUCUCUUCUUUCCCUUCUCAGUCCCGGCUGAGACAGCAGGACAUCGGCCUGAAGACCCACCUGGACCAGCUGGACCUGCAGAUUAGCAAGCUGCAGCUGGAUGUGGGCACAGCCUCAGGGGAGGCCCUGGACAGCGACAGCAGGCCCAGCUCAGGCUUUUACGAGAUGAGCGACGGUGGAUCCUGCUCCCUGUCCACGUCCUGUGCCUCUGUCUGCAGUGACCACAUCUCUCCCUCGCUGGGCAGUUUGUUGCCUGUGGCCCUGGCCCACAAAGCCAGGCCCGGCAUGGGGGACUGGAGGCCCCGGUCGGUUGAUGAGACUACUGUGCCAGCGUGGAGACCCCAGGCUACCGAGGAGGGUGCCAGGCCCCCGGGCAGCGUGGAGGAUGCAGGCCAGCCGUGGGGCACAUUCUGGCCUAGGCCUGUGUCUACAGGUGAUCUUGACAGAGCCCUGCCGGCGGACACGGGGCUCCAGAAAGCCAACACGGACGCCGAGCUCCUCGGGCUCCUCUGCCAGGGGGUGGACAUCCCGCUGCACGUGCCGGACCCCAAGUAUCGGCAGGACCUGGUGUCCCAGGGCGGCAGGGAGGUGUACCCGUACCCCAGCCCCCUGCAUGCGGUGGCUCUACAGAGCCCCCUGUUUGUCCUGACUAAGGAAACCCCACAGAGAGGUGGCCCCUCGUCCCCUAGGGAGAGCCCCCUGGGCCCCGCAGGUCUGAACACCAUCCAGACUGGAACGGUCCUCAAGGCCAGCCCGGCCAGGGCCAGAGCCUAUAUCGACAGGCUGCUGCAUCUGUGGGGCCGGGAGACCCCAGCAAAGGGUAGCGGAGGAGAACAGGGACCUCUAAGGCAUGCAGCGUCCCCAUCCCCACAGAGGCAGGGUGGCUGGAGUACAGACGGUGGAGGGCGACUGCUGGUCUUCGCCUCAGGGAGGGAGGACGAGGGAGGGCCAGCUCAGAGCAGGGGUGCCGGCAGGGGCGGGCCCCAGCAGCAGGGAUCCAUGCCCCUUGAGGGUCCCCAGCACCCUGGCAGCCUUCCAGAGGAGGGCUCCAAGCUCUCAAACAGCUGCAUCCUCAGGGAGACUAUGGCGCGGCCCUCUCCCAGCUUGAAGGCCCAGCAGACGCCCCCAGCUCAGGACUAUGGACGAGGCAACAUCCUAUCCCCAUCCAGGAUGCUGGACAAGAGCCCCUCACCGGCCUCUGGGCACUUUGCCCACCCAUCCUUUGCUGUCAGUCUGAAAAUGGGUCCCCCCAAGAGCAAGGCUGAAAAAAUCAAGAGAAGGCCCACGGACAAGAUGCUGAGGUUUGCAAGGCAGCUGCCACUUCUACUGGACAGGCCUGAGGGAGCCCAUGCAGCCCCCCAGCCAUCCCUGGAGGGGGACCCUGCCCACUGGCCCCCAGGGAGGGGCGGGCUCCCAAGGAGGCCAACCCUGGCCUGGGAGGUACCCGGGCGCUCCUGUUCCGAGUCCACCCUCUACCCCAUGCCUGUCCUCGUCCCCCUGGCGGUGGCCCCGCAGGAGAGCCACCGGACCUCAGCCCAAGCCCUGUUCCCCUUUGAGGCAUCACUGCUCACCUCGGUGGCCAGGAGGAAGCAUCGCCGCUGGCAGUCCACUGUGGAGAUCUCGGCCCGGGCCCGCCUGGCCAGCUGUCCUGAGUCUAACCUGGGGCCCCCCAGGCCCAUGGCCAGGAGAGCAGGUGGCCCACUGGCCCGGGGCCGGCCCUCACUGGUCCGCCAGGACGCCUACACCAGGAGCGACUCAGAGCCCUCCAAGCACUCGGCCGAGUGUGACCCGCGGUUCCCGUCAGUCAUCCCGGAGACCAGCGAGGGAGAGUCCAGUGACCACACCACCAACCGAUUCGGAGACCAUGAGUCCAGCAGCAGCGACGAGGAGGGUGGCGCCCAGAGCAGGGACUGUGGCCUGGCACCGGGCUAUGUGGCGGCCGGGCACGCGGAGCUGGCCUGGACCCAGGAGGUCCCGGUCAGCUCGGGGCCACUCCUGUCCCCCGUGCCCAAGCUGUGCCGUAUUAAGGCCUCCAAGGCCCUGAAGAAGAAGAUCCGCAGGUUCCAGCCGACGGCCCUGAAGGUCAUGACCAUGGUAUGAGGCGCAGUGACUGCGUCAGGAGAAGCCUGCUGCACACAGGGGCCCUCUCCACGCAGUGUCCUGUGCGUGUCUGGGUUUCAGUGUCAUCUUGCCAAGUCGCUUUAUCUUCCGAGGCCACCGUUUUAACAGGAGUCCCCGCAGAUGGGCUCUGCCCUGUGGAGUGCGGCCGUGAGCCCCCGCCCCAGCAAAGACUUCCAUGCGGAGCUCUGGUUUCAGACGCCAGCAGCCUCCCCGGCCGACCUAGCGUGUCUUUUCAAGGUCUGCCCAGGAUGCUGCUUCCCGGCAGGCGCCUCGUUUCCAUGUUGUCAUCCUGCCAUGGCUUUCCCCUGCUCUUACUCCCCUCUGGCUGGGGAAGCAUUUCCCAAUCCUUUGGCCAUUCCUCCCCAAACGCAUUUUAAAGAGGCGGUUGCAGGACUCUGUGCUGGAAAUUGAAUUUGAGUUUAAACUCCACGUUAAGCUGUCAGCAUACACAAACACCCAAAUUAUGCCAUGAUCUCAAAUAAAAGGAACAUUUUUUUCCCUCUUUUAACCUCUUCCUCCCUGAUUCCUUGCGUGGCACAUGGUAGGGGCACCAUAAUCCUCAUGCCUGCCCAUCACGGGGCACGCACCAGCUUUAGGCAGGGAAGGCACCUUAUAAGUGAGUAGAGACUAAACUCUGGUU